UCUCCGUUUCUGUGACUUGAACAAGUGUUUUAAUGCGAACUUAUCCAAUCCACCCAUCGGCCUCUGUUUCUUUUUCUCGUUUCCCCUUUGGUGCUCGGCUAUUUUAACAGUCCCAACUUCCCCUUCGCUCCUCAAGUUGAAGCUUAAAAACUCGCUGCUCAGGACUGAAUCUUGAAGUGGUUAUAUUGAAUUGGCUAGAAAAUGUUUUGUCUUCAAAAAUGGAGUUCUGUUGGAUAAUAUUUCAAUCAUCCUAUCUAAGAAUAAGAAAUUAAGCGAAAAAAUGGCUAUGGCUUCUUAUGUGAAAGUAUUUCUAGGUUCAAUUGCCUUCGCAGUCUUCUGGAUACUGGCAGUUUUCCCUGCUAUACCAUUUCUACCUGUUGGAAGGACUGCUGGGUCCCUCAUGGGGGCUAUGCUUAUGGUCAUCUUCCAAGUCAUAACCCCAGAUCAAGCAUAUGCUGCGAUUGAUCUUCCAAUCCUUGGUCUUCUAUUUGGAACGAUGGUUGUCAGUAUUUAUCUUGAGAGAGCAGAUCUGUUCAAAUACUUGGGUAAGUUGCUUUCGUGGAAAAGCAGGGGUGCCAAGGACUUACUUUGCAGAAUUUGCCUGAUUUCUGCCAUUUCAAGCGCUCUUUUUACUAAUGACACCUCUUGUGUGGUUUUGACUGAAUUUGUAUUGAAAAUUGCAAGGCAACAUAAUCUCCCUUCUCAUCCAUUCCUACUUGCGCUUGCCUCAAGUGCAAAUAUUGGAUCUUCAGCCACUCCAAUUGGCAACCCUCAAAACCUGGUUAUAGCAGUUCAGAGUAAGAUUUCUUUUGGGAAUUUCCUUUUUGGAAUUCUCCCUGCAAUGCUUGUGGGAAUCAUUGUGAAUAUUAUAAUUCUUAUGUGUAUGUACUGGAGGUUGUUAUCCACUACUCAGAAGGAUGAAGAAGAAGCCACCACAGAAGUUGUUGCAGAUGAGGAUUUCAAUUCUCAUCGGUUUUCUCCUGCUACUAUGUCACAUUUUACGUCAUUAAAUUCCCAGGAGUGGAGCUCUAGGUUGGAGUCCUUGGACAUGCAAAGCUCCCUCAGCACGAAUGGGCACAUGAACCAUGCUGAGACUCUUAGAAACCGAAUAGGUGCAACUGAGAAUGAAAUCUGUAGUGCAUCUACGAGUGCAUAUGAGUCUGCAAGGAAUUCCAAUGCAUCCAAAGAUAUAACAGUUGAUGGGUCUUCUCAGAGAAAGGAGGAUACUGUUCCUUCAAAGAGGAUUGCAUCAAUGGAUAGGUUGAGAGAUGUGUUUGAUGAGCAAUUGCCGGGAGAAAAAGAAUACUUUGCUGCAAAAUGGAAAAGGAUAUUAUGGAAAUCAUGUGUGUACCUUGUUACCAUAGGUAUGCUGAUUUCUUUGCUCAUGGGUCUGAAUAUGUCAUGGACUGCAAUUACUGCUGCACUUGCUCUUGUUGUUCUCGAUUUUAAGGAUGCUCGGCCAUGCCUUGAAAAGGUCUCCUAUUCGCUUUUAAUUUUCUUUUGUGGAAUGUUUAUCACUGUUGAUGGCUUUAACAAAACUGGAAUUCCAAGUGCUCUGUGGGACUUAAUGGAGCCUCAUGCAAAAGUAGAUGAUGCUUCUGGGAUGGCAGUUCUUGCUAUUGUCAUACUUGUCCUGUCAAAUUUGGCCUCAAAUGUACCAACUGUUCUGUUGCUUGGAGGACGGGUAGCAGCAUCAGCAGCUGCAAUUUCUGCAGCCGAUGAGAAGAAGGCAUGGCUAAUUUUAGCCUGGGUCAGUACUGUAGCAGGGAACCUAUCGCUAUUGGGAUCAGCUGCCAACUUGAUAGUGUGUGAGCAAGCUCGAAGAGCUCCGCAAUUUGGGUACAACUUAACUUUCUGGAAGCAUCUUCAAUUUGGAAUUCCCUCUACUGUUAUAGUUACUGCUGUUGGAUUGAUGCUCAUAAGAUGAUACCAUUAACAUCAAUGUCUGAGUUGUGUUUACCAAUUAUUUCUCUAGAGAAUAUGAUCCAAGAAAGCUUCGAUUUGGUAACACUAUUGAAAUACAAUAACUUUAUCGAGUUAACCAAA